AUGUCUAAAAAUAAACUAUCUUCACUAGGUAAUCAUGGUACUACUACUACCUCAUCCUUAUCCUCAUCCUCAUCCAUAAGUAACAAUACUUCUAUUGCCAGAAUCAUUUUUGUUUUUUCAAAUAUUUUAAAAUUAGUACAAUCAAUUCCUAUUGGUCAUAUUACCCAUGGAAAUGUUGGUGGCGAUUAUUCUACUGAAACUAAACGACCAGUAUUAACUCCUGAAGAAUUUUAUAUGAAUUUAUUCACUUCGAUUUUUCUUGUUUUGGCUGGUGGGGUAUUUGCUGGAUUAACUCUUGGUUUAAUGGGUCAAGAUGAAGUUUAUUUAAAAGUUAUUGCUCAUAGUGGUGAUUCAACUGAACGUAAACAUGCUAAAAAAGUUUUACAAUUGAUUGGUAGAGGUAAACAUUGGGUUUUAGUUACAUUGUUAUUAUCUAAUGUCAUUACUAAUGAAACUUUACCUAUUGUAUUGGAUCGUUGUCUUGGUGGUGGUUGGCCAGCAGUGGUGACUUCAACGGUUUCUAUUGUUAUUUUUGGUGAAAUAAUACCGCAAUCUAUUUGUGUUAGAUAUGGUUUACAAGUUGGUUCAUUAUUUGCACCAUUUGUAUUGGUAUUGAUGUAUAUUAUGUAUCCUGUGGCUUAUCCUUGUGCCAUGUUAUUAGAUCAUAUUCUUGGUGAAGAUCAUGGUACCGUUUAUAAGAAAUCUGGAUUAAAAACUUUGGUUACGUUGCAUAAAACCAUGGGGGUUGAAAGAUUGAAUCAAGAUGAGGUCACUAUUAUUAGUGCUGUGUUAGAUUUAAAAGAAAAACCCGUUAGUUCAAUUAUGACACCAAUGGAUAGAGUUUAUACUAUGAGUGCUGAUGCCCUUUUGGAUGAAAAAACCGUGGAAGAAAUUUUUAAUGCUGGAUUUUCUCGUAUUCCAAUUCAUUUACCUAAUGAACCCACUAAUUUUAUUGGGAUGUUAUUGGUACGGGUAUUAAUUAGUUAUGAUCCUGAAGAUGCAUUACCAGUUGCUUCAUUCCCAUUGGCAACGUUACCAGAAACUGGAUUAGAUACAUCAUGUUUGAAUAUUUUGAAUUAUUUCCAAGAAGGUAAAUCUCAUAUGAUUGUUGUUAGUGAAAACCCUGGUGAACCAACUGGUGCCGUUGGUGUUUUAACUUUAGAAGAUGUUAUUGAAGAAUUAAUUGGUGAAGAAAUUGUUGAUGAAUCUGAUGUUUAUAUUGAUAUUAAUAAGAACAUUAAAAGAAAACACCCAGGUCCAUUGGCUAAAAGAAAUUUGACAUCUUAUUUACAUACAUUAUAUCAAAGAAAUUCUUCUAGUAAUCCAAAUUCAAAAAGAAAUUCCAUUGAUUCAUCAGUUUAUCGAAAUGCAAAUGCAAAUGCAAAUGGAAAUGGUGGAAGAGUUUCACCACCAUUGGAUAUUAGUGAAAGAUUAAGACAAGGUUCUGAAUCAAGUCAAAUUUCAUACACAACAAAUAAUAACAACACCAAAAACCGUAAACAACAAGAUCAAAAUGAAGUAGCAGGUGCUGCUGCUGCCACUGCUACUGCUGCUACUAAUUGGAAACCUAAAAAUCCUGCUUCAAAUCCAUUAGAAACGAAAAAGAAAUUUGUUACCAUCAAAAGACCAGAUCAAGAUAAAAUUGAAUCGAUGAAAAAAAUUACAUCUCCUAAAUUAGUGCCGACACAAGUUGGAACCAUUUAUUCUACGGAAAAGGGAGCAUUAGAAGAAGCUCAUAGAAGAUCAUUAGAUGAAAGAGAGCAUGGACCCAAAUUUUUAUUACCAAUGGAAAGAGAAGGAGAUGUAUCAGAAAUUAAUCAACAAAAUUAUCAUGGUGAAAAUGGUUCUCAUCAUCAUAUUGAUAUUCCCAUGAAUGGCAAUGGCAAUGGCAAUGGUAACGAUAACCAUAACCAAGCCAAUGAUUCCAAUGGUAGUCAUACUGGGAAUAUUGAUAUACCAAUUCCAGAAUAUCAAGAAUCAAGAUCCUAUAAGACUGGAGGUAUUGUUGAAUCAGUGGUUAAUGUUCAAGGAGUUCUGAAAGUUAUUAUUGAAAAUGUUACUGAUGCUGAUGAUGAUGAAGAUGAAAUUGCUUUAGCUAUUGAAAAUUUAUCAUCAAAUGAUAAUAAUAACAAGAAACAUAAAUUGAAAAAAUCUAAAAAAUCCAAAAAGAAACUGAAGAAAUCUCCAAGUUCUACUUUAAAAUCAGUUACUACUAGUUUAAAUGAUGAUGAUGUUAAUGAUGUUAAUGAUGAUCAAACUGUUGAACAAACUCAAUCAUUACUUCAUAGUGGUAAUGGUAGUAGAAAUUCAUCAAUUGGAAGUAAUACCAGUAAUAACAAAUAA